GCUCUCUAGAUGGUGGUUGCCAUGGCUUUCUCUCAAAAGCUUUUGGUAUAAUGGCACACCCAUCUCUGAUGUCAGCGCUCGAGCAAGGAGUUGAGCGAGAGAGGGAGAGAGAGAGACGAGGGCAAAGGGAAGGGAAAGAGGGAAUGAGGGAAUGAGGGAGGGGAGAGCAGCCUGUUGCUCAUGAUCAUCAAGUAACCACCUCGUACUCCACAAGCCUAUAGUGCCUGAUGUGCAUUCAUGGAGCAGAGGUAAACGGAGGAAGCAGCAGAAGCUGAAAACAGAUUUCAUGCUUUCCUUCAUGUGCAUUCUUCUCAACGCUUUCAGCAAACUAACAGCUGCCCGAGGAACUGAUUCUGGAGCACAGUGACAGUGUGAUGGUGGCAGGCUGAGCACAGGGAUGUGAGUGGACCAGUAAAGAUGACCCUGUUGGCGGGUGAUGGCUCCGACUAUGACUACAGUGCCCUGAGCUGUGCCUCUGAUUCCUCCUUUGACCCACCUCCCCUACAUGAAGAGGAGGCUCAAAAGGGGGCCUUCUACAAGAGGGCGCAGCGUGCCCCUGAGCUCAGCUCCAUCCAUGGCGACACCCUACUGUCCAGCGCCCGUAAACUCCACGCCAUCAUCAAUGUGGGUGGCCUGCGUUACCAGCUGCCCUGGACCACCUUAGAGGACUUCCCCUUGUCUCGUCUGGGCCAGCUGCACCUCUGCAGCAGCUUUGACGAGAUCAUGUGUAUUUGUGAUGACUAUGACAUCGCGCACAACGAGUUCUUCUUCGACCGCAGCCCCUGUGCCUUCCGUACCAUCCUGACCUUCCUGCGGGCGGGUAAGCUGCGGUCCCUCAGGGAGAUGUGCGCCCUCUCUUUCAGGGAGGAGCUGCUCUACUGGGGGGUCCCUGAGGAGAGCAUGGAGUGGUGCUGUCGCCGGCGUCUGCUGCAGCGCGUGGAGGAGUUUGAAGCGAUGGAGAGAGCGGAGGAGGAGGAGGAACUCCUGGAGGAUCUGCUGGAUUCGGACAGUGGACGCAGGGAGCACGCAGCAGAGACCAGACUCAAUCGGUACAUGGGCAAGCUAAGAGACAUGGUGGAGAGGCCUCACUCAGGCCUGCCGGGGAAGAUCUUUGCUUGUCUGUCAGUGAUGUUUGUCACCAUCACUGCCGUCAACCUAUCCAUCAGCACCAUGCCUGCCAUGAGGGAAGAGGAGGAGGCGGGCAAAUGUUCCCAGAUGUGCUACAACAUCUUCAUAGUGGAGACGGUGUGCGUGGCCUGGUUCUCCCUGGAGUUCACCCUGCGCUUCAUUCAAGACCGCAGCAAGCUGGCCUUCCUCAGGCAGCCGCUGAACCUGAUAGACGUGGUGGCCAUCCUGCCGUACUACAUCACCCUGGUGGUGGACAGCACCUCCAAAGAAAAGAAGGGCUCUGGCAACAGCUACUUGGACAAGGUGGGAUUGGUGCUGCGCGUCCUGAGAGCCCUGCGGAUCCUCUAUGUGAUGCGGCUGGCUCGCCAUUCGCUGGGCCUGCAGACUCUGGGCCUGACCGCACGCCGCUGCACGCGGGAGUUUGGACUGCUCCUCCUCUUCCUGUGCGUGGCCAUAGCGCUGUAUUCCCCCUUGCUGUACUUGAUUGAGAAUGAAAUGGCCCCCACGCAGGAGUUCACCAGCAUCCCUGCUACCUACUGGUGGGCCGUCAUCACGAUGACGACCGUGGGCUACGGGGACAUGGUGCCGAGGAGCAUCCCAGGCCAGGUGGUGGCUCUGAGCAGCAUCCUGAGCGGGAUCCUCCUCAUGGCCUUCCCCGUCACCUCCAUCUUCCACACCUUCUCGCGGUCCUACGUGGAGCUGAAGCAGGAGCAGCAGAGGGUGCUGCAGAGGAGGACACACUUUCUGCUGCGGAGCCGCAUGGCCGGCCUGGGCAGCAACCUCUCCUUGGAGAGUGACAUGCUCUUCCCCAUAGCGUCGUCGAACACCAGAGACAUGAACGAGUGACACUGUCGGACAGGGAAGGGCGUAAAAAGUGGGAGUGGGAGAGAAAGAGAAGAAGAGGGAGGCUUCAAAGAAAGACUGGGGGUAUGGAGAGGAGAGAGAGACUGAACAUAAAGUACAGGAGUGAGGAAGAAGAAUUGUAGAUAGAAGGGCGGAGAGAGAAGUCUUAAAAACAAGAUACAGAGAAAACUGAUUCCCAGAAAUGCAGCCGUGCUGUGUAGCAGUGUACUUUUGGAUAAACAUGACGAACACACAAAGAAGAGGAUUAGAAGAAUAUUAUGAAAAAUAUAUAUAUAUAUUAUUUAAGUAUUAAAUAAAUGUUUCCUUCAAAAGAUUUAUGAUUGAUUCAUGAUUUAAAAGAUGAAUGAAACAUUACAUGGUCACAGAAUAUCAAAUGGAAGUCUAAUUUACAGAAAAAACCCAUAAUAAAGCAUUCGAGCAUAACAAUGAUGUAAUUCCAAUAUGUGAAAUGUGCAUUUGACAAAAAAAUAUAGCUAAAGAGCAUGGUGUCCUUAUGAUCCAACAACAUAGUGAUGUUUCUCACCGGUGAUCGUUGACGUUUUAAUGGAUUUGUUGAUGUCGUGCUAACCAGUGUCACGUCAUUAAAGAUGUUAGAUUAAAGAAGAGGUUAAAUGAUAAAACGUAACCCUUAGUCCACUGAUUAUUUUCUGAAUGACUGUGCAAAU